AGCAAGUUGCUUCGACUCUUCAUCACUGAGGAUUUAAAGGUCCAACACUCUGCCGUUUGCAGGGAAAACAGAAUAGGAAAAAGAAAAGGAAAAAGAAAAGAAAAGAAAAAGAAAGAAAGAAACAAGGCCGGGUCUCAGAUGCUCGAGCCCGAGUCACAGUCAUGACGAUGAAGGGCAGCACGUUGCUCGCCCUCGCUCUCGGGUUUGGCGCUCACGCACAGUUCCCGCCAAAGAGGGAGGGCAUCACCGUGAUAGAGUCCAAGUUCUAUAAAAACGUCAGCAUCUCGUUCAAGGAGCCCGGCAUUUGCGAGACUACGCCAGGGGUCAAGUCGUACUCGGGAUACGUCCACCUCCCGCCCAACCUGAUCGAGGGGGCAGACCAAGACUACCCCAUCAACACCUUCUUCUGGUUCUUUGAAGCCCGCAAGGAUCCGGCCAAUGCCCCCCUGGCCAUCUGGCUCAACGGCGGGCCCGGGGGCUCGUCCAUGAUGGGCCUGCUGGAAGAGAACGGCCCCUGCUUUGUCGGGCCCGACUCCAAGACGACCUACCUCAACCGCUGGAGCUGGAACAACGAGGCCAACAUGCUGUACAUUGACCAGCCCGUCCAGACCGGCUUCUCGUACGACGUGCUCACCAACGUGACCGUCCAGCUCGACGUCGACGACCCUUCCGAGCCUAUCAUCACGCCCACCAACUUCACCGACGGCCACAUCCCCCGGACCAACAACACCUUCCGGAUCGGCACCGUGGGGAGCCAGAAGGCGUCCCAGGUCACCAACUCGACGGAGCUCUCGGCCCACGCCAUGUGGCACUUCCUGCAGACCUGGCUGUUCGAGUUCCCGCACUACCGGUCCGACGACGGCAGGAUCAGCCUUUGGGCCGAGAGCUACGGCGGCACGUACGGCCCGGCAUUCUUCCGCUUCUUCCAGCAGCAGAACGAGCGCAUCGCCGACGGCCAGCUCGAGGGGCGCUACCUGCAUCUCGACACGCUCGGCAUCAUCAACGGGGCCGUCGACUGGCCCAUCCUCGCCGAGAGCCUGAUCGACUAUCCUUACAAUAAUAGCUACGGCAUCCAGUUCUACAACGACACCUUCCAUGCGGCCCUCAAGCACAACUGGACGCGGCCGUCGGGCUGGCGCGAGCAGAUGCAGGCGUGCACCGAGUCGCUCGCGUCGUCGUCGUCGUCGUCGUCGCCGCCGGCGGCCGGGUGCGAGGCCGUCCGGUCGGUCCUGGACGACGUCCUCGCCGCCGCCUUCCCGCGCCAGUCGGGCCGCGCCCCGUUCGACCUCGCCCACCCGCGCGCCGACCCCUUCCCGCCCCCGCACCCGCACGGCUUCCUGGCCCGCGCCGACGUCCAGGCCGCCCUCGGCGUCCCCGUCAACCACACGGCCGUCUCCCUCCCCGUCAACCGCGCCUUCGACGCCACCUUCGACCCCCUCCGCGGCGGCCAGCUCGACGCCCUCGCCGGCCUGCUCGACCGCCGCGCCGGCGGCGGCGUCAAGGUCCACCUCGUCUACGGCGACCGCGACCCGUCGUGCAACUGGGCCGGCGGCGAGAAGGUCAGCCUCGCCGUGCCCUGGUCUCGGCGCGACGUCUUCGCGGCGGCCGGGUAUGCGCCCCUGGUCGUCGUCUCCGGCAAGGGCGGCGGCGACGGCGGCAACACCGGAGGCGGCAACACCGGAGGCGGGGAAGAGGAGGUAGUAGUGGUGAGAGGGCUGACGAGACAGGUGGGCCGGUUCAGCUUCACGCGGGUGUUCCAGGCCGGGCACGAGGUGCCCUCGUACCAGCCCCAGGCCGGGUACGAGAUCUUCCGGCGGGCCAUGGCCGGGCUGGACCUGCCGACGGGGAGGGUCCGGGCCGGGGAUGACUUCGUCACCGCCGGGCUGCGGGACGCCUGGGCGGUCAAGAACGCGGCGCCCGACAUGGUGGAGCCGAGGUGCUACGUGCUCAAGCCCGAGUCCUGCGAGCCCGAGGUCUGGAAGACGGUGGUAGACGGUACGGCCAUCGUGAAGGACUGGUUCGUCGUCGGGAGCACGGGAGGAGAGGGGCGCGGGGUCGAAGGGGGCAUCGACGGCGAUGAGCUGUGAUUCGGCCCCCCUCCCAAAAAAAACAUAUGCUUGAUGGGGCCAACAUGGAGAGCCCGAAUGAUGGCGACUCGUCUCGCCGUCGCAGGGCAUUAUAAUCCACUGCCGCUAGAGACAUGUAUUUCUGCUCAUUUGUGUGGCAGCAGCAUCGCCCCUUGUAUGUAGUCUCGCAAGCAAGCCAGCCCGAAAAGGCCACCCGUUGAUGGCCCAGAAGCGAAAUGCCCAUCAGACAAAGUUCUUGUUCCCUCUCGCCGCCGGAGUGCGGCUCCCGUUUGGCGAUCCAGAU